AUGGCUCCCGCUAACCUCCCCUCGAUCUUCAAUGCCACUUCCCAGGACAUUGAGAUGCUGCUUGCAGCUCAAGCCCACCUGGGAAGCAAGAACCUCCAGGUUCACAUGGAGCCCUACCUGUGGAAGACCCGUGCCGACGGUGUCAACGUGAUCAACGUUGGCAAGACCUGGGAGAAGAUUGUCCUCGCCGCCCGCAUCAUCGCCGCCGUCGACAACCCAGCUGACAUUUGCGUCAUCUCUGCCCGUCCCUACGGUCAGCGUGCCGUCCUCAAGUUCGCCGCCCACACCGGCGCCGUCGCCAUUGCCGGUCGUUUCACCCCCGGUUCCUUCACCAACUACAUCACCCGCUCUUUCAAGGAGCCCCGCCUCAUCAUCGUCACCGACCCCCGUACCGAUGCCCAGGCCAUCAAGGAGGCUUCCUACGUCAACAUCCCCGUCAUCGCCCUCUGCGACACCGACUCCCCCACCGAGUACGUCGACGUUGCCAUCCCCACCAACAACAAGGGUCGUCACUCCAUCGGUCUCGUCUGGUGGAUGCUCGCUCGUGAGGUCCUCCGCCUCCGCGGCACCAUCUACAACCGCGAGACCCCCUGGGACACCAUGGUCGAUCUGUACUUCUACCGCGACCCCGAGGCUGAGGCCGAGGAGAAGGUCGAGGAGGAGAAGCUCCCCGGCGUUGAGGAGGAGGGCGUUGCCGCCAUUGAGUCCGGCUUCCCCGCCACCGGCGACUGGGACGCCCAGGCUCCCGGCUUCACCGGUGCUCAGGCUGGUGCCAACUGGGACGGUGCUGGUGAUGAGUGGGCUGCCGCUGGCGCCGCUCCCACCGGUGACUGGGCCGCUGCCGGUGACGCUGCCGCUGCUGCCCCCAAGGAGUCUUCCUGGUAA